UCAAGUGGUGCGAGAAUGCCAUUUUACCAAACAUUGUACCAUAAAAUUUCAUACUAGUAACUUGAAUUCAAACAACUUAAAAAGUAGGAAGUAUCCAACUGUGAUCACUGCUACCUACGUCCUACAAAGCAACUUUUACGAAUUACACGACACGGGCGACAAUAAACACAACUGUCCUUACUCAAAUAUUGGCAUAUGGUAUAAAUUUUUAUGUCAUAAGUUAUUUCCUGUUAUAUAAUAGAAAAACGAAUUAAAAUACAAUUCAAAAGCAAUAAGAAUUCAGUCUAACGUUGCAAUGACGAGUGGACAUAAUUUGCGAAGUCGUAUUCACAAAGAUUGGAAAAAGUUGUGUUUUGGAGACUCAUUACCUCGUUUGAAGAAAGAACCAGCAGCAUCCAGGGUCGUUUUAGAGGAAACUUUCAAAGUUGAGAGACUUAUUGUGAAGAAAUUUACACCAAAAGAGGGCAACUUAUAUCUAGUAAAAUGGGAAGAUUAUCCAUAUACUGAGACAACCUGGGAACCACAAUUGCACAUCGAUCAAGAUUCUCUGUCUGAAUAUUUUCCAAAGAUAAUCGAACACCAACGCUUACUGUCAGCAGCAAACGCGCUCGAAGACGCUAUUCGUGAUCGACUAAGACGAGGCAACAGAAAUAACAGAUCCGUGGUCAGAUUUGAUCUUGACAUUUUUAGAUAUUGCUUUCAUAGCGACAAAGCUGUAUUACUAAACUCUACACAAGAUUUUUCAAAACUUCCUCUAAGUAACAGUUGGUACUAUAAGAUUGCUCAAAACGGAACUGGUCAGAAAAUUAAAUUCCCAAUUUUGCUCACGCCAAAACUGCGUAUGAGAAAGAUAUACGUUAAAAUUGAGGACAAAGUCGUAUUGGAAAACAAGCCAAUUGAAACAUUAUGUGUUACUUCUGCAACUUGUAACUUUCUGUAAGCCAAUUGUUCCACCAUGUGUUUAUUUGUGUUUUGUAAACUAUUCAUUGUACAUACUUUAGCAGCAGUUUAAAAUUUCUUGAUACAAUCGUGAACAUGUCCGAACACUUAUCCCCAUACCAGAAAUUGAAAUUCCAAAGCACUAUAAGCCUAGGAUCGCAAUCUCCCGUUUUAAAAAGAGAUUUCAAAUCCGAAGAUAAAAUUUCUCUUACAAUUGACAUCAAGUAUUCUUUUGUGCGUGAACUUUACAAAGCAAAGUGU